CCACUACCACGCCACAUUUUUUUCACUACCACCAAUAUUCUAAUCCCAUUUUCUUGUUUUAUUUUGCACGCCAUCCACUAUCAUCAUAAUUAUACACAGCUCUCUCUCUCUCUCUCAAAAUUCAGCCAUGGUUGACGACGGAAACCCACAACAAAUCUUUCCACCUCCAUCAUCAUCUGCAUCGUCAACCCCACCAAUUGUUCAUGUUCAGUAUCACAGUGACAAUUCACCAUUUCCUACCGGCGUUAUCCUGGAUGAAACCAAUUAUUCUCUUUGGUCUCAAGUCAUGGAGAUGCGUAUUGGUGCGCGCAACAAAGCCAGCUACCUUACCGGCACAGCCAUCAAACCAGCACCCGGAGAAUCCAACUAUGAUACGUGGGUUACUGACAACCACAAAGUCAAAAGCUGGCUUAUUGAUUCAAUGAUUCCAUCACUGAUGCAGAGAUUCAUUCGUCUUGGCACAGCUCAAGAAAUCUGGAAAGCUGUUUCCAAAACCUUUUAUGAUGGGUCUGAUGAGACCCGCAUUUUUGAGUUGAACCGGAAAUCAUUCACCACUCUACAGAAUUGUAGACCUCUCUCUACAUAUUAUAAUGAAUUGAUUGCUAUUUUUCAAGAAAUUGAUCAUAGGAGCACAACUCAAGAAGACACGGUGGAAGGAGUUAUUCAGCUCAGCACUUCAAUGCAAAGACUGCGGGUUCAUAUCUUCUUGAGUGGUCUUGAUUCAGACUUUGACCAGGUACGUGGAGAAAUUUUGCGGAAGGAACCAAAGCUGGAUCUUGAAAGCAGUUAUGCCUAUGUGCGUAUGGUGGAGCAACAAAAGAAGACUAUGGGAAAUUCUUCAGUGAAUACAGAAAGUACAGUUAUGGCUGUCAAUAGACUUAACCUGGAGGGCUCCGCUGCAAUUACCAAUCGUCCUAGACAAGGCCCACCUCCAGGAUUCCCACAAACAAAACCCGGAGCUUCUCAACAAAGUUUUCAGCCUCGGAAUAGCUCUUUCAUACGACCCGGUGGUUUGGUGUGUCACCAUUGUGGGGAAGCUGGUCACUCUAAGUGGAAAUGUUAUGAAAUUGUGGGUUAUCCCGAAUGGUGGGAUUUCACCAAGAAGCCUCGGAAGAACAUUAAAGGCAAAGCUGCAGUUGCAACUACGGAAACAUCUAAAAAAACAGAUACUUGCUCGCUGCCUCAAGCAAAUGUGACUCAAACAGGACAUCCUAACCCGGAAGAUUCUUGGCUUUGGUGUUAGAAGGGGCAAUUUGUACUACCUCGACUUAACAGACAAGGGAAAUCAGAAAUUGGGACAAGCACACAAGGCUGGGGGAGUAGAAGAUGCAAAAGCAGCAGUAUGGUUAUGGCAUCGUCGUUUGGGUCAUUUGUCGUUUGGAUAUCUUCGAAAGUUGAAGCCUCAUUUGUUUUCAGUUGUGAGUGAUUCAGAUUUUAAGUGUCAUGUUUGUGAACUGGCCAAAAGCCACCGUAUUUCUUAUUCACCAAGUUUUAAUAAAAGUUCAAAUCCAUUCAUGACUGUCCACUCUGAUCUUUGGGGACCAGCUAAAUAUUCUACUAUGUCAGGUGCUAAAUACUUUGUUACUUUUAUUGAUGAGUGCACCCGGAUGACAUGGGUAAUGUUGAUGAAGAAUAAGUGGGAAUUAUGUCAGGCGUUUCAAGCCUUUCACAAGAUGGUUUCUAGCCAGUACCAGAGAAAGAUUCAGGUCCUUCAGUCAGAUAAUGGGGGUGAGUAUACGAGUAAUGCCAUGGCAGAGUUUUGCCAGUCUCAAGGCAUUCGCCAUCAAACUUCUUGUGCUUACACUCCGCAGCAAAAUGGUCUAGCAGAACGAAAGAAUUGUCAGUUGUUGGAAGUUCUUCGUGCCUCUCUCUUUGGAAUGAAUGUGCCUCGUGAAUAUUGGGGUGAAGCGUUGAAGUCUGCAACAUAUCUCAUUAACCGCACUCCUUCUAGUGUCAUUAAUUUUGAGACUCCUCAACAAAAGUUAGGUAGAUUGAUCUCUGCUCCUACUUUACCUAAUUUGGAACCUCGAGUCUUUGGGUGCGUAGCAUAUGUACACAUUCCUAAACAUCUACGGCACAAACUUGAUCCAUGUGCCAAGAGAUGUCUCUUUGUUGGUUAUGCGGAGUUUAAAAAGGGGUAUCGGUGUUAUGAUCCUCAGACGAAGACUCUCCAUGUCUCUUUGGAUGUAUCUUUUCAUGAAAAUGAGGCUUACUUUACAGGCAAAGCUCAUGAGCCUUCUCUUCAGGGGGAGAAAAGGUAUAUUGAAGAGAAUUCUCAGGAUAUUUUUUCUGAAAUUGAAGAGGUGGAGGAAAGAUUGGUACAGCAGAUUCUUUUCAACCCUUCAAAGGAAGGCACUAACUUGUCACAUUCCACUCCAGCUGCUCCUGCCAAUCCAUAGGGUUUUGACGCACCAAUUAUUCUCAACCAGUCGGAUAGGCUAAUAGAACAAACUGAAGAAGAAGCUGAGUUGCCCCCUUCUACACCAAUGCAUGAAGAUACUUCCCGGGAGACUCACCCACAGGUAAACCCUUGUCAAGAAGUAGUUUUGCAUAAUCCCAUUGAGUCUAAUCAUUCAUCUACUCCUAGAAGACCUGUUGAACCUAGAUAUCCUCAAAGAUCAAACAAGGGAAUUCCAAGGAAACAGUAUGAACCUGAUCUUAGGACAAAAGCCAAAUAUCCAAUAGCUAAC